CGCGUCUUUAGGUUAUAUCAAGUGUAGGGACUUAAACAAUGCAAAUAGAUUGACGCGUGUUUUGUAAGAAGAUAAUACAAGUGCAAACAGAAGGAUUAAUUCACCUCUGAACGACGGUAAGCCGAGAACAUUACGCCUUGCCGUAAUAUGAAGGGAAAGAAAUUAUUCAUAUCCCUGGCCCUGAUUACUCUACUGAGCUGCACUGUUCAAGCGCGGCUCGGCGGAAAACUUCGAUUUCCGAUACCAAGCGAGAUGGCUUGCGAAGGAUACCCAAUAGUUCUACGAUGCCCAGGAACGGACGUUAUUCAGGUUGUGGCAGCGGAAUACGGCAGACAGACCGCGGACACGUGCGCUACCACACCGGAGAAGAUGCGCAACACUGCCUGCUACCUGCCAGAGGCGUUCGACAUAAUGUCAAGCAAGUGCAACAACCAAACCCAGUGCAAAUUAGACGUUUCGGACGAGCAUUUCCCAGACCCAUGCCCCGGAACAUUCAAGUACCUUCACGUUACGUUCAGCUGCGUCAAAUACAUGUUUGGCUGCCCGGGUACUCUUACUGGAAUCGCCUCAAAUGUGACAAUGGACACGACGAUGCGAGCGCAGAAAGGAGCAUGGACAAAGGAUCCAAUAUACAACCCACACCACGUGUUCUAUGCCUCACCCUCACAGCCAAGACUGCAGAAAUUUGAAAAUAUGGAGCAUUUCGUAAAUGGCAACCGCGCUAUAAGUGAGUACGACAUUCACUACCAGAUGUCAGGAACAAGUUUCGUGGUUUAUGACGGGAACUUGUUUUUCGUCAAGGCUUCCAGUGCCAACAUCGUAAAGUACAACUUGCACACUCGUAUCAGACAUCGUGAAACAGCUUUGCCAGGCCAUACUGACCGUUCGACAAGCCACCGCAAUGGGGCUAAUAGCAUUGAGCUGGCGGUCGACGAAUCCGGCUUAUGGGCAAUAUACACCAACACUCACAACGCUGAUAGAAUUGUAGUGAGCAAGAUGAAUAAGGACACACUUGAAAUUGAGAAAACCUGGCGAACGACUUACCCAAAGCGAACAGCUCUUCAUACGUUCAUGAUCUGUGGCGUUUUAUACGUUGUUGGUUCCCGCACAGGCGAAGUUGAGUAUAUGUACAACACGAAUGCAGUUAGUGGGAACGGUCGAUUUGUCGCUAUCGGAUUUGACAGGAAUCGACCGAUCUCGCCAUCGGACCCAGUUGGGUUUCUUAGAACUGGUCGUGACCUCCCAACCACGCCACGUCGUACGUUUCCACACCCUGCAGGAUUACUCGCUAAAUCUCGGUCGUUCCUGAACUACAAUUUCACGUCGUUAAAGUACAACCCAAGAGAUAGGCUUAUCUACGCAUGGGAGGCGACAACUAGUAAAGCGGUUUAUUACAAGCUACAUUUCGGAUUACCAGACCCCGUGGAAGGAGAUAAACCGACGACCACUACAAGUACAACUACCACUACGACAACGACUACAGUCAGGACCACCAGCACUUCAGAGCAAUCACCUUUUGGUCCAAGCGUCGCUCCGAGCAAGUUGCCCCAUAAUUCUGCAACCCUUGCACCCCCUGUUGUCCCCGUUGCGAGCUGUCCCUCUGUAUCCCGUGACGGAAUUACAUGGCCCGUGACGUCGCUGGGGCAGACUCGUACCAUGACGUGUCCUGACGUACUAAACGAACAAGCGACAUGGACUUGCACGACAGAGGAGUUCACCAUGUCUGCAGUUUGGGAUGUAAACGGGCCCGACAUGAAUCGGUGUGUCACUUGGACGUCUAGCAUUGAAGCUCAGCUGCUAGCAGGUACGAUCGAUCCUAGCUCUGCCGCGGAGAAUUUAUCACGUGGUCUUAAAAUGUCAUCACGCAACGGUGAAGCAUUACGUACCGAUGAGGUAACAAAUUCAGCCCGGCUUAUGAAGACAGCUGCAACACGAGCUGGUAGUGGGACAACUCCCCUGACUAGAACACAAGUGCGCCAAAUUACUGAGGGCGUUACUAACGCUGCCGAUACCUUGCUGGACAGCAGCAACUCAAUAACUUGGAAAGAAAUGGAGAGCUCAAAGCGAUAUAAGGCGGCAGAUAAUGUUAUUAAAAGCGUGGAGUCCGCAGGAUUUGUGUUAGCGGAUAGCAUGACGAAUAACUACGGUGGAUUCCAGGGCGACACAGCC